AUGGGAUCUGUUCUUCUCCGCCACGCGCAGCCGGACCAGAUCGACAGCAAGAUGCUUGGCCUUGAAUCGGAGUAUUCGCGCCAGUUGGACAGCCGCUCUAGAUCGACUUCCUCCAACACCCCCACCUCGACCUCCGCCCCGCCACCCGUAGGGUCAACUCGGCAGCCCACGCAUAACGAUGCCUCCGCCUACAUUAACUCACAUCCUUCCACUCACGGCCUUCGGUGCUCCGACCCCAUCCAGCCUGCGUCCAUGCCCUCCUCCAACUACACCAACUACACCUAUCCGGCCGACCGUCCCUCCUACUCCAACUCUCAGACUCCGCAAUACUCAUCUGGCCACCAUGCCGAUGCUAUGAUGGCCGUCCCUGCAUACGCCCAGCCUUCCCCGGAAUCACCGCGUUUGCAGCCGACCUUACCAUCCAUGACCCCGUUGGGUGGAUCAGCAUCAGAAUCUCCGACUCCCAUCCGGGUGCAGAGCUUAUCACAUAUUCAGAGUCUCGCAAGUGAAGAGUUCUUAGCUCAGUCUCACCGACCACAUGCCCCGCAUGGCACCCAGCAUCGGCAGUUCGAAAUUAGUUCAAUGCCAGUCACGGAUAUUAUCGAGAUGGUCGCGGGCCUGCUCACGAAGAUCACCACGACCAAUGAUCGGCAUCACGAGCAUGUCCAACGGCACAUUCCCCCCCCAGAGGGCACUUCCAACUUGAGUCUUCAAGCCACCAGUGUCCUGGCGUUCCAUGGCAAGAAUGUCCCCAGCAUCACCAUCCUCAGCUACCUCACCCGCAUCCACAAAUAUUGCCCCACUACCUAUGAGGUGUUUUUAAGCUUGUUGGUCUAUUUCGACCGGAUGACCGACCUCGUCAACCGGGGAAAGCUAGACCACCUGCAGCGCCAGCACGCCUCAUCAUCUCACCAUCACUCGCGCGCUUCAUCUGGAACACCUGUCGAAACACCGGCACGACAAUCGAAUACUUCUUCCAUUGGCGACGAGGAAGAUCUCUCCCAAUUCUUUGUCGUCGAUAGCUUCAAUAUCCACCGCCUUGUAAUAGCCGGUGUGACUUGUGCGAGCAAAUUCUUUUCUGAUGUGUUCUAUACGAACUCUCGAUAUGCGAAGGUCGGAGGCCUUCCGCUGGUCGAACUCAACCAUUUAGAACUCCAAUUCCUCUUGCUGAACGACUUCCGUCUCGCAAUUCCUGUCGAGGAGCUGGAGGCAUACGGGACAAUGCUGGUAGAGUUUUACGCGCGCGAGGUCGUAGCGCAACAGCAAACCUCCAUCCCCCGGGCCAUCAGUGACCCAGAUGCCAUGUAUAUGAGGUCUCGCGACAAACGGCAAGAACCCAGCCAGACCCCCACACCCCCAUAA